AUGCAGAAGCGCAAUCAGUCUAUAUUCCGGCUUCUGUUAAUUGGCUUGGUCUUCCAUCUGGUUUACAUCGGCACGGUCUUUGAUUGUUACUUCACGAGUCCUGUAGUACACGGCAUGCAGCCUCAUAAGCUGGAGGUUGCAGAGGCAAAACGCCUCGUACUCAUUGUCGCUGAUGGUCUGCGGGCGGAUCUUCUGCUGGAAUUGAAUGCAUUCGCGUCAAUACCCGAUGCUCCGGAGGUGAUUGCACCAUACUUGCGUUCCAUUAUUGAGACACGGGGCGCGUUCGGGCUAUCCCAUACGCAUGUACCUACGGAAAGUCGACCGGGUCAUGUAGCUCUCAUCGGUGGCAUGUACGAGGACGUGUCCGCGGUCACGAGAGGCUGGAAAACCAAUCCUGUGGACUUUGACUCCGUGUUCAACCAAUCUGCCCAUACAUUCUCAUUCGGGUCUCCAGACAUCCUGCCGAUGUUCGCCCGUGGUGCGACACCAGGGAAAGUGGAUAUGUGGUGCUAUCACGAGGACGAGGAGGAUUUCACCAAAGAUGCGACCGCGCUGGAUGUUUGGGUGCUUGCGCAUCUACGAGCUCUGUUCCACAACGCUACUACUGAUUCCAGGCUAGAUGGCACCCUGCGGGAGAACCAGACUAUAUUUUUUCUUCAUCUCCUAGGUCUAGACACAACAGGACACUCUUAUCGACCACAUUCGAGGGAAUACAUGGCCAACAUCCAGGUUGUCGACGAGAUUGUGCGUCAGACAGAGCAGCUCUUCACGGAGUUCUACAAAGAUCAGGAGACAGCCUUCAUUUUCACCGCCGACCACGGCAUGUCAAAGAUCGGCAACCACGGAGAUGGUGACCCCGACAACACUCGGACGCCACUCGUAGCGUGGGGUAAGGGCAUCAGAGGCCCUCUGCCAGACAGUACUCCCCCUUCACAUGACGCAUACUCGGCACCUUGGAAACUGACACAUUUGCUCCGUCACGAUGUUGAACAGGCCGACAUAGCGGCUCUGAUGUCUGCACUUCUCGGCGUAAACUGGCCCGUGAACUCAGUUGGCGUGCUACCUGACGUUGAUUCGAGUCGUCCGGGCUACCUACUCUCGUUCGAUGGAGAGAAGACGCAGGCGCAGGCGUCCUUGGUCAAUGCGAAGGUUAUUCUCGAGCAUUACCGUAUGAAACAUGAGAUCAAGAAAACGCAUACUCUGUUCUACAAGCCAUUCCCGUACUUUGCCACCACCAACGGCCAUAAUCCAGGAUCGGAAUUUGUCACAGAGGUGCAAAGAAAAAUCAAUAUGGGAGCUUACACCGAAGCUCGGGCACUAUCUGCCCAGCUGAUUCGUUCGACAUUGGAUGGUCUGCGGUACCUCGAAACCUAUGAUCGCACGCUCAUACGAGCCAUUGUGACAGUAGCAUACCUGGGCUGGAUCGCGUUUGGUGCCGUUUCGAUCUACUUGCCCCAAAAUAAUCCCGAAAGUGGACAUGCAGAAGAUCAAAGCAGUGCUCUGGAUGUAAUUGCUGCGGUCGUCUUGGCAGGAUUCUGGAGCUUAUUCACUCUCCAACGCUCUCCCUGGACAUUCUAUCUCUACAUCUGUUUCCCGACGUAUUUCUGGCACCAGACAAUAUCUCGGGCGUGGACGCCGCUGCUGGAAUACAUAAAGGGUGGUAGCAUGCACAUCUCGACGGCACGAAACAUUCUAGCACAAGUAUGCUUGAUUGUGGGGGCCUUGGAAAGCAUGGUGAUAGGCUACACUCACCGUCAAAUAUGGAGUGCAGGUUUUGUUGUGAUAGGGAUCAUCUGGCCAUUGGCUUUCUGGUCAAGCGAACUCCGUUCUCGACACGCCGUGUUGCUACUCCCCUGGGCUCUUACCUGCCUCAGUACCGCUGUGUUUCCUCUCUUGAGCGUAGACAAAGAGGAGAACUUGUUCACGAUUAUCAUAGGAGGGUUGUGCAUGCUUGUUGGAGGCAUCGCAGGGGCACUGCUUUUCCGAGAGAGAAAUCAAAAGCAGCGUGCGUUCCGAGCAAUCAUUGCUUGUCUACUUCUGGUCGUUAGCAUGCUGGUAACUUACAGCUCUGCGUCAAGCCUGCGCGCAAGGGCAGGACUGCCCCGAAUUAACCAGGUCCUGGGAUGGGUCCUCUUCCUAACCGCUUCGGUACUGCCGUUCUUCAUCCGAGCGCACAACAUGAACCCGAAAAACAAGAUCCUGAUUUUCUUCAUGGCUUUCUCUGUCUGUUUCGUGCUAUUGUCCAUUAGCGUUGAGGGCCUGUUUUACUGUGCAUUCUCGGCCACGCUUCUGUUGUGGAUAGAAAUUGAGGCUGCCGUGCGGCAAGUCGAGCAUGAAAGCUCCUCGAAGGACCUUCAGGCGUAUAAGCCACGUCCAGAUGAUCUGAGGAUCGCAGUGUUCUUCCUGUUCUUCGUUCAAGUGGCGUUCUUCGGUACUGGAAAGUCGUUUUACCUAGAGCCUGUAUACCGACUGGUCCCCGUGUUCAACCCCUUCCUCAUGGCUGUCCUUUUGAUGUUCAAAGUUGUCUCUCCGUACAUUAUACUCGCCACAUGUCUGCAUCUGCUCAAUGUGCGACUACAUCUACCACCAUUCAGUCUCUUCCUCGUUGCCCUGACAUUGACUGACGUUAUGACAAUGACAUUCUUUUUCAACGUCACGGAUACCGGAUCAUGGCUCGAGAUCGGACAGUCCAUCAGCUUCUUCUGCAUCAGCUCCUUGCUCCUAGUGUGGGCAGCGGGUACAUGUGCAGUCGGGGAGAUACUGAUGACAGACACGGACUCCACGACGGAGCAGUCAAGGAACAAGACCGAUUGA